CGCAGGAGCCCGCUGCUCAGCCGAUUCCGGAGGCUCAGCGGACUCGACCUUUGAACAGUAAAGGUCAAAUUUCAAACAGAACCCGUCCAAUCUUAAUCAAUUUGCAAAUUUCCACGUAAAGCCACCUUUUUCAUCAUGGCUCCUCACGCGGAAGUCGGCACGGGCUCCUCGAACGGGGCGGUCUACAACGGCCGAGGUUCCUCAGCUACCCAGGACCUCUUCACCGUCAACUCCCCCAACGUCACCUACACUGAUGCGGAAAUUCGUUCCCGAUACACCUACCGCACUACCAAGGUUGACGUUGAUGCUAAUGGCAAGUAUGUCGCCACUCCAAAUGAGACUCUCUAUGACUUCAAGGUCGACCGUAAGAUCCCCAAGGUCGGUAUGAUGUUGGUUGGCCUCGGAGGCAACAAUGGCACUACCGUCACCGCUGGCAUCCUCGCCAACCGCCGUCAGCUCGCCUGGGAUACCAAGGAGGGUCCUCGCGAGUCCAACUACUACGGCUCUGUUGUUAUGGGCUCUACCCUCAAGCUUGGCCAUGAUGCCAAGACCCAUCAGGAGAUCAACAUUCCCUUCCAUAACAUCCUCCCCAUGGUUCACCCUAACGACCUUGUCAUUGGCGGCUGGGACAUUAGCAAGAUGAAUCUGGCUCAGGCCAUGGAUCGCGCUCAGGUCCUCGAGCCUACCCUCAAGGCCCAGGUCAAGAAGGAGAUGGCCGAGAUGGUUCCCCUUCCCUCCAUCUACUACCCAGACUUCAUUGCCGCCAAUCAGGAGGACCGUGCUGAUAACGUUCUCGAGGGCUCCAAGGCUUGCUGGGCUCACGUUGAGAAGAUCCGCCAGGACAUCCGUGACUUUAAGGCCAAGAACGGCCUUGACAAGGUCAUCAUCAUGUGGACUGCCAAUACUGAGCGAUAUGCCGACCUGAUUGAGGGCGUCAACGACACUGCUGACAACCUUCUCAAGGCCAUUGAGCAGGGCCACGAGGAGGUCUCUCCCUCAACCGUCUUUGCCGUUGCCUGUAUUCUUGAGAAAGCCCCUUUCAUCAAUGGCUCCCCACAGAACACUUUUGUCCCUGGCGCCAUCGAGCUUGCUGAGAAGCACAAUGCCUUCAUUGGUGGUGAUGACUUCAAGUCUGGCCAGACCAAGAUGAAGUCUGCCCUGGUUGAUUUCCUCAUCAACGCUGGUAUUAAAUUGACAUCCAUUGCCAGCUACAACCAUCUUGGCAACAACGAUGGCAAGAACUUGAGCUCCCAGAAGCAGUUCCGCUCCAAGGAAAUUUCGAAGUCCAACGUCGUUGAUGACAUGGUUGAGGCUAACCACGUUCUGUACAAGAAGGGCGAGCACCCUGACCACUGUGUUGUAAUCAAGUAUAUGCCCGCUGUUGCCGACAACAAGCGCGCUCUUGACGAAUACUAUGCCGAGAUUUUCAUGGGCGGCCACCAGACCAUUUCGCUCUUCAACAUCUGCGAGGACUCCCUUCUUGCCUCUCCUUUGAUCAUUGACUUGGUCAUCAUUGCCGAGAUGAUGUCUCGUAUCCAGUGGAAGGCUGUAUCCUCUGAUGGUACUGCUACUACCGAAUACAAGAGCUUCCACAGUGUCCUGAGCGUCCUUAGCUACAUGCUGAAGGCUCCCCUCACCCCUCCUGGCACCCCCGUUGUCAAUGCACUAGCCAAGCAGCGUGCUGCUCUGACUAACAUUUUCCGUGCUUGCGUUGGCCUCGAGCCGGAAUCUGACAUGACUCUUGAGCACAAGCUCUUCUAGUCGUUACGCAUAUGUUUCAUGUUCUUGACAUUGAUUGAUUUAGAGGGGGGAUAUUUAUAGGACAGUCUUUACCGGAUGCUCACAUUGGUAUUUGAAAACUGAAAAAUUUGUAAAACAGAGGAGAGAUCAAUUAGCCGCAUAGCCAACCAAAUUUAAUUGUGCCAUUCUCCUCAUGAUAUAC